CAACCGUUUCCAUCGAUCGAUAGCUCUGUGCUUGAUGUAUAUUCGCUUGCAACGCAUGCUGGUCAGGGAACCACAUGGUAUCACUCUCUUCUGGGGUAGUGCUGCUUACAGUUAUAUGCAGUGUAAUUUUGUACCAUAAAUAGGUAUAAUUAAAUAAGAGUACAUUAUAAACAAGAGGUUUCCAUCUACAUAGCGAAAAUGUCGCAGGUACAAGCUAGAUUCUUCACAGAAAAUAAAAAGUAUGCAAUAGAUGAUGUCCCCUUCUCAAUCCCAGCCUCCUCUGAAAUUGUGGAUCUCAGCAACGUCAUUAACAAACUCCUGGAAGCUAAACAUGAGGUCCACCAACAUGUGGAGUUUGACUUUCUCAUCAAGGGUCAGUUCCUGCGCACUGGUCUGGCCAAACACAUGGAGACUGAGAGCAUAUCAACGGAAGACGUGGUUGAGAUCGAGUAUGUGGAGAAGUAUACAGCCCCUCAGCCCGAGCAGUGCAUGAUGCAUGAUGAUUGGGUCAGUGCUGUAGAGGCUGAUGGAGAAUGGAUCUUGACUGGCUCCUAUGAUAAAACUGCCCGAAUCUGGUCAUUAGAAGGAAAGGCCAUUAUGACGAUCGCUGGGCACACUGAGGUUGUGAAAGAUGUGGCGUGGAUUAAACAAGACGGCUUCACUUCCCUGCUCCUCAGCGCCUCCAUGGAUCAGACUGCUAUCCUGUGGGAAUGGAAUUCCGAGAGGAACAAGGUGAAGGCUCUGCACUGCUGUCGAGGGCACGGAGGGAGCGUGGAUUCCAUCGCCGUCGACAGCACCAGGACCAAAUUUUGCAGUGGAUCCUGGGACAAAAUGCUCAAGAUUUGGUCUGCAGUUCCAACAGAUAAAGAGGAUGACAUAGAAGAUGCAGCAGCCAGACCAAGGAAGAAACAGAAAAUUAAACAAAUAGGGUUAACUAGGACACCCCUGAUGACCUUGUCUGGCCACAGCGAAGCCGUCUCCUCAGUACUUUGGUCUGACACUGAAGAAGUAUGCAGUGCAUCAUGGGAUCACACCAUCAAACUGUGGGACGCAGAGACUGGCGGGCUUAAAUCCACGCUGACAGGAAACAAGGUGUUCAACUGCAUCUCCUUCUCUCCACUUUGCAAGAGGCUGGCUUCAGGCAGCACAGACAGACACAUCCGGCUCUGGGAUCCACGCACUAGAGAUGGCUCCCUGGUGCUGCUCUCUCUCACCUCCCACAAUGGCUGGGUUACAGCAGUGAAAUGGUCACCAGCACACGAACAUCAGCUCAUAUCAGGAUCUCUGGACAACAUUGUUAAGCUUUGGGACACAAGGAGUUCCAAGGCUCCUCUGUACGACUUGGCUGCUCACGAUGACAAAGUCCUCUGUGUGGACUGGACAGAGAGAGGGUUGUUGCUAAGCGGAGGAGCAGACAACAAAUUGUACACCUACAAAUACUCUGCUCCCCCUUCUGACGACGGCGCGUAAAGCAGUCGGGAGGUUGCUGGGAGGCCCGUGUCUGUUGACUGAACCAUUUCUUCCACGUUUCCAGAUGUGGCUUGUAUCCAGUAGGAAAAGAAGAUUCUAGAACACAUUAACUUUGAAAGAAACAGGAAGCAUUUACCAAAUAAAAAAAUUACAAUUACUUUGCCCUUCCAAACAAAAUUAGGUUUGGAUUUUCAGACCCAUGUGAUUUGACUAACAUAUUUCUGAUUUUUUAAAAGUUUUAUUUACUGUACCUGUUUGCCAUUUUCAAGACUAGUCUUUCCAGCUCAAGUGGAUCAAUGGUUAUUCAACCUCCUACAUCAAUUCUUUUUUUUUUUUUGUUGAAAAGUCUUUCUUCUUUCAAAUGAUAAUAUUAUAAUACUGUAUUUCUAGGUCAUCACCAACAAAUACAAUUUGUCACAGGGAUGGAAAUAAGACCCCUUGCAUAGCAGUUUGAUCCAUUCCUGGUUUCACUGAGUUUAAUAAAAUCCACCUGAUCUUGUUACCUCUACACUGAUGCUAAUCAGGUUUGUAGUAAGACCUAGUCUUAUUUCCCCCCCUGUAUCACCUUCAGGCAAGUUCUCACCAUGCAGGGAGCAAGUUACUCGGCUCCUUUGCGUACACAGGACAUCUGCCCUGGAACCAUUAGCUCAGUCACAUCAACCACAGUUCGGUCCACUUGAGCUGGAAUGCCGUUUUCACAGAAACCUCACAUGGUAUUUUUUUUCCCCACCCUCAAGCCUAUAUAUAAAUGUUACAAGGCAUCCUUUUUUAUUUUGUAAGACUCAAGCUUAUGCAGUAGAACCUCAAAAUUACAAACUUUACUUACUGGCUGGUCAACCAAACAGGCCACUUAAACUGAGAACAUGGCUCCUGGCUACAGACGUAAUGGAUUUUUUUUUUUUCUUUUAAAUAUGACUUUGCAAAGGUAACAAAUACAUGUGUUUUUUUUUUAAGAAUUAGGCUUUUAAUGAUCUCAUCAUCAAUGAUAUGUGUGGAAAAUAGUUAUUGUUAUUUUCACAGAAGCGUGAGACCGGUCUGAUGAAUAAAGAGAGAUUUUUAUUUCUCAAUGUUGAGUAAAAGCUGGUGUUGAUUAUGCCAACCUCUCAUUAGUAGACAAUUUUUACAAGUCCCUUGCAACAUGUUGUAUUUUCAUUUUUAAGCUGACUUCUGGCAGUACUUUAGGUUAAAGGCAGUGCAGUUUCUAAGCCUUAUUCUUUAUCUGGCACUUCAUGGGUAAUUUCACCUCAGCAGUGUAUUCUGGGUCAAAACAUGCCAAUCAAUAGGGGAAAGCAGCUGAUUGGUUAUUGACAGGAAAGAAGCUGAUGAGGGGGUUGGAACAAUUUCACCCCCCAGGAAGUACAAGAAGGACUAAAAGCAUUGCUUGCAAACAGGUUUCUUUAACCUAGAGUACCAGGUAUCAUGUUUCAAAUAAAAAGCUAUGUUAAAACAUGUGUUUCUUUUAAAACUGCACAUUUGAGACCUAUGAAAUGAAUGGAUUUGCAUGGCGGGGAAAUUGUAUGUAACUGUUUUGUUAGCUACAAUUACAUAGAAGUAUUAGUAUUUUUUGUAAUGUAACCUUUGUGUUAAAUAUUAUGUAAUACGGUUACAUCAAUGUUAUUAUUUGUAUGGCUGUAUAUGCAUUAUUUAUACAGUGGUGUAUUGGUAAAGGUUCAUUCUUUUACCAUUUUAGAUCUCUACAUGUUAUAUAAACUGUGUACACAGUUGUGUGUGUA